AUGGGACGUCUCCUGGCUCUUGCGACUUUGAUCGCCAUCCCGGCAGUAUCUGCACAUGGCUGGGUCUCUGGCGUCACGGUAAACGGAAAACACUACCCCGGCGCCGACCCUUCGUGGCACCUUCGAUCCGUCGGGAAAAUGCCAUCUGCAGUCUGGUACUCGGACAACUACGGCCAACAUAACCCAGUCUUCAGCAAGGACGUGGGCACUAACAAUGUCGCAUGUCAUGUGAAUGCUACUCCCGGGUCUCUUGUGAUUCCUGUCAAACCUGGCGAUACGUUGGAGUUGACAUGGGAGACUCCCGAAGGAGGACCGUGGCGGCCGACACACGAAGGCCCAGUGCUCGAUUACAUGGCUUCAUGUGAAGGCGACUGCCGCGACGCUUCAGUGGAGGAUCUGAAGUUCUUCAAGAUCGCGGAGAAAGGAAUGCUCCAAUCUCCGCAUAUGACUGCUGAUGGCGUUGGAACCUUUGGCCGCUGGGGCACAGACAUCCUGCGAGAUGCCAACAACACUUGGAGCGUCACGAUACCGUCUACGCUAUCAGGUCCGCACGUUCUACGAACUGAACUCUUCGCACUCAUGGGUGCCGGACACGAGGGCCAUGCGCAGAUGUUUCCGCAGUGCAUCAACCUGGACAUCCAAAACUCAGAAUCUGCCAGCACAAGCGCGGAUCCAUGUGAAGCUGGGGUUGACUGCCGCCUUGGCCGUGAGCUGUACAAAGAGACCGACCCUGGCAUCGACAUCAGCAUCCACCAGAAGAUCGCCAAAUACCACUGCCCUGGGCCAGCGCUGUGGCAGGGUGCGAAACGAGUGGCAACGGGCGAUCCUCAAGAUGGUGAUGCUAAGACGAGCGAUAGUACCGCAAGAAGCUCGCGGAAUUGGUUCUCGCAUUGGAAGGGCGCACCAAUGUACGGAGGUCAUGUUGGGCGGUUUAGGAGACCUCAUGGAGCGAGAUUGUAG